CACAAAGAGAGAUGGCGCUGCGAUCGUUCAGGAAAGACACGUUGCAAGACAAUUGGUACGAGGAGCGGUCGGGGGCUCUCCAGGGGGUGCUGCCCUUUGACGGAAAGAACGAUUACUGCACGACCAACGAGCACGACUUUGUGAACCCGAGCGACCUGAAAGUUCGAAACGAGCUCCACAAAAACGUGGACCUACGCAUGAUUCGCCGAGACAACUUUGAACAAGCCGUGAAAUCCCGACCGCUGCGAGAUCGACCAGAGAGUGGAUUUGGAGCUGUUUUACCGUCGAGAGAUCCAAAUGUGGACAACAGAUAUCUCGAAACAAGUAACCAAGUGACAUUUGGAACGAUGGUACCGACGAGCACCUUGACUGUGCCCAGCCACCAACAAGGAGUCGCGGGGGGGGCUGGAGGUGCGCGCGUUGAACGUGGCAAGGCAGCGUCCGGAGCGUCCGGUGAAGUCAUCAAGGUGAAUUCUGACCCUCAGAAAGACACACGAGCACAAAGGUCGUGGAUGUACUCGAAGGACCCGAUCUUCGAUGCGAAACGCGCAAUUCCCGAAGCGGCAAACCAGGUCGUGGCCAAGCCAGCGCACUUUCGCCGUCAAGCAACAAGUGUGACCACCGUCAAUACAAAGAAGGGUGGAAUCUUCUCGGACGACUAAUCCCAAUGCAUUCGUUGAUGCGUCUUGUCCAUGGGCUUGUACCAAUAGGGAAGUCUUGCAG